AUGAGACUUUCAAUGCUCGUAGCUAGCGCACACCACAGUGUGGCUAUUGAGAAAACCGCCAGGGUGCUGAGAAAAAGCGGCUUCCUACCGAAUCCGUCUGACAGACGGCCAAGGAAAGGCUGUGAGACAGUCGACAUUACCAUGAAAGCUGUCGAAAGCCAGGAUGCCGAGUGGGCUGUACCAAAGUAUGACGUUAUCACUGGGUGGGAAGAUGCCAUAAUGGUCGUAUCAAAGAAGCAGAUGAAUUGUGUCGCGAGUAUUUGUGAGAAUAUCACCCAGAACCGCGUGGUUGACAAGCCGGCUAGGAAUAGAGAGGACCCAUCCGCCCUGUUGUCUACCGAGCUCGGCACCUCGCGUGUUGCAGCAGCAUCGCGUGGCUGCAGAAAGGGCAUCGCCUCGCUGGGGAUUGAAUCCUCAGAGCUACUCGGCCCCCCCAGGCCAUCCCGAUCGGGCUUCGUAUCAUAUUGGCUCCUUGAGUUUGCCAUGACUAUGACAGGUGCCGGUGGCUUGGAAAUGCGCCUCACUAACCGCGAACGGGCAGCCCCAGUACGGGUACUUAUGGAUUGUGGCACCAUGCGUCAAUGCAAUGUUGGUGGGUACGGUGGCAUUCCUUCUUCCUCCCAAGGCGGUAUUUCCGAACUUCCCUCUCAUGUCAACUAA